AUGGAACACCGCCAGGUGAAGGACCUCGUCAUCGAAGGCAAGAAGUGGGUGCUUUAUGUUCGGCAACAGUCUCUGGCUUCUGCGGUCAGUUCGGAGCCAUUCAUGAAUGCCACUUCAUCCACGUACAUCGAACAAAUGUACUCGGCUUGGAAAGCGGAUCCAAAGUCUGUUCAUGCAUCGUGGGAUGCGUACUUCAGAAACGUCGAAGGCGGCGCUGCUCCU